AUGGCUGCUACACAAACUGUUCCUGAACAGUGCACCGUACUGGUGGUGGGAGGUGGCCCAGCCGGCUCUUAUGCCUCUUCGGCUUUGGCUCGAGAGGGCAUCAGUGUUGUUUUGCUUGAGGCCGACAACUUCCCACGAUACCAUAUUGGAGAGAGCAUGCUCCCUUCUAUGCGCCACUUCUUGAAGUUCAUUGACUGCUAUGAGAAGUUCAAUGCGCACGGAUUCCGUAUCAAGAACGGUGGUGCUUUCCGUCUCAAUUGGUCCCGUCCUGAGACAUAUACUGAUUUCGUUGCUGCCGGUGGACCUGACGGGUACUCAUGGAACGUUAUCCGUUCUGAAGCGGAUGAAAUUCUCUUCCGUCAUGCUGGUGAGAGUGGUGCUAGUAUCUUCGACGGUACAAAGGUUACCGGCAUUGAAUUCGAGGAAACCUCCGAGGACGCUGUUGAUUCCGCGAACCCCAACCCGGGAAAACCAGUUUCCGCAACUUGGUCCCGCAAGGAUGGCAGCACCGGCGUGGUGAAGUUUGAUUAUCUCAUUGAUGCCAGCGGUAGGGCUGGUCUUGUUAGCACCAAGUAUCUGAAGAACCGUCGGUACAACCAAGGUCUGAAGAAUAUCGCCACAUGGGGCUAUUGGACUGGCGGUGGUACUUAUGGCGUGGGAACCCACAAGGUCGGCGCACCCGGCUGGGUUUGGUUUAUCCCUCUUCACAAUGGUACCCACUCAGUGGGUAUUGUUAUGAACCAAGCCAAGGCAACUGAAAGGAAAAAGGCUAUGGAUUCACCUUCCAGCAAGGAAUUCUAUCUCGAAAAUCUGAACCUAGUUCCAGGCAUCCAGGCAUUGCUUGAGAAGGGUGAGCUUGUCAGUGAGGUCAAGUCGGCAUCCGACUGGUCUUACAGUGCAUCAUCCUACGCCUUCCCCCAUGUUCGUAUUGCUGGAGAUGCGGGGUGCUUCAUUGACCCUUUCUUCUCUUCCGGGGUUCACCUUGCCCUGUCCAGUGGGUUGACUGCUGCAGUUACCAUUUCUGCUGCUAUCCGUGGGGAUGUGACGGAGAAGGAGGCAGCACAAUGGCACACCAGCAAGGUUGCCGAGGGAUACACCCGCUUCCUUCUUGUUGUUCUCAGUGCCCUCAAGCAGAUUCGGGGUGGUGACGAUCCGGUCUUGAAUGACUGGGAUGAGGAGAGCUUUGACCGUGCCUUUGAUCACUUCCGCCCUAUCAUUCAGGGUACUGCGGAUGCAGACUCCGAGAAGAAAUUGAGCACUGAAGAGAUUUCUAAGACCAUUGACUUCUGCUUCCGAGCUUUCGCUCAUGUUCCCGUUGAGCGGAAGGAUGCUCUGAUUGAGAAAAUGAAGAACCAUGGUGUUUCUGACCCAACCGCCACAGAUCUCAAGACCCGUGAAGCCCUUGAGGAACUGAAGAAUACUCUCUCGUCCGAAGAGUUGGACAUCAUGAACACUAUUCGCGGGCGCCGCAUGAUCCGUGCAGAGGAUUCAUUGAACAUCGACAAUUACAGGCUGGAUUCCAUCAAUGGCAUGGCACCUAACCUUGAGCGAGGAAAUUUGACCCUUCGUAAGGCGGAAAUCAAUAAGAUUGAUGUCUCAAAGAAGGACCUGCUUUCCUUCCUUAAUGGUGAAGCCGCAGAAGAAAAGCACCACGAGACCGAGGAGAUCAAGGCCCCAGUGGCAGCUGUGGCGGAAGUUGCGCAGUUGGCAACUUGA